AUGAUGGUCGCAUUUGCUGACCUUUCGUUUUCCUUUCUUUUUGGUCUAUCUGGCCUCACUUUGGUCGUUGCUUCUUCAGGAUUUUUCGAUGCAGGAAAUGUCCUCCGAAGUACAGUUUGUGAGCAGAUCGCAACUGCAGUCUCGUCGAGCUCCGUAGUGUAUUACACUGGCUCGAAUCAAUAUACCAAGGGCAAUUAUCACUGGUCUGCGUCCAGUACUCAAACCUCUGAAUGUUCCUUUGAGCCUGCAACAGCUGAAGAUGUUGGAAUCGCGCUUCGAAUUUUGGGACAGACGCAGACACCAUUUGGAAUCAAAAGUGGAGGACAUGCUGCAAAUGCAGGUUUUUCUUCGACGUCAGGCGUCCAAAUUGCGAUGUAUUCCUUUUCGGAUGUGGUAUACGAUUCGGAUGCACAAACAGCCACCAUAGGCACAGGUUUACUUUGGGAUGAUGUUUACCUUGCACUGGAACAGUAUAGUGUCACUGUCGUAGGGGCGAAAGUCACUGGCAUUGGAGUCGGAGGCAUUGCCUUGGGAGGAGGAUAUUCGUAUUUGACUAACCAGUAUGGUUUGGCCUUCGACAACGUCGUAGCCUUCGAACUUGUUUUGCCCAAUGGGACAGUGACCGAUAUCACAAUUUCCACAAAUUCAGAUCUGUUCUUUGCGUUGCGGGGGGGAUUCAAUAACUUUGGUAUCGUGACGAGGGUUACUGUCAAAACAUAUCCUCAGUCUCAAGUCUGGGGUGGACGUGUUUCGUACUCGCUGGACCAAUGGGAAGCAGCAGGCUUAGCUAUUGCCAACUUUGGGGCGAAUGUAUCCGAUCCAAAGGCAUCCAUAUACAACACAUAUAACUAUAUCUCUGGAGCGGCCGAAAUGUUGAGUAUCCUUUUUUAUGAUGCUCCAACCUGCCCUGAGGGCAUGUUUGAUGAAUUCUUGUCGGCCCCCCACAUCGAAGAAGACAUUUCGACUAGAUCCUACAUCUCUCUCAUUCAGUCUCUUCCCUUAAAUGCCACUUCUGGACUCAGAUCCGUGUUUCAUUGGGCGGCAAUGGAGGAGAUCACAAUGCCUGUGUUGGACAUGGUUGUGAACGAGACACUGUUCUGGGGAGCAGAAUUGACAAACUCUAGCCUACGAAUCGUCUCAUAUGAUGUGGACAUAUACUUGUCCACACUCUACGACCAUGUAGAUUCACCGACCGCAUACCCACCGUCACGGAGUCGAGGUUACUCGUUCAUCCAAGUGUACUAUGGUUGGGCAGAUUCGAGAUAUGAUGACACGAUAUUCGACGCUGUCGACGCAAGCGUCCAGCAUAUGAAUCAGGCACUCACAGAUCUCGGCCAGGAUGUCGCGAAUGUUGCUGUGUACCCGAACAACGCACCUCCUGACAUGGCUUUAGAGAAUAUGUAUGGUGAUAAUUUACCUCGUUUGCGGGCCAUCAAAAAAGCUGUCGACCCGGAUAAUGUGAUGGAAUUGGCGGGUGGUUGGAAAUUCUAG